AUGUCAGGACGUGCAUUUAGAAAAGCCAUAAAUAAAGAGUAUGAGCUCUCAGCAGUGCAAAAUAAAGAGUAUGAUUCCGAGGAAAUUGAACCGACACCGCCACCUCCAAAGAGAAAUUUAUUCGAUUUACUCAAUGAAGGUGUUGACGACGUUGAAAGCCACGUUUCGGACGAAAAUCAAAAUCUACAAAAUACCUCGACACCGAAUCCUGUGCCUGAAUUAGAUAAGAAAACACGGACAGGAAAGAGAGUCGAAGAUAUGAGCAAUACCGAACUAGAAACUUUGAUUCGAGAAAUUACAAAACAGGACGAUGAUAAAUCAAAAGGACAUCAAUCUUCGGUAGUUUUAAACAAUCCAUUUUUAAUUAUAGACACACGUUUAUUAGAUGCAGAUGGCGAAAUGAGGAGAAUGUUUUCUUCUGGAGUUGUAGACAGAGAGAUUCGAAGCAGAAAUUACGCGCGUACUAUAAAGAGAACGUUGCUGGCAAAGCCAAGACAAAGUUGGCCACCGAUUCUUAAAUUUGGAUUAAGAAUGGAAUUAUUGAAGGAAGAAGAAGGAAUAUGUUAUUUUAAAUUUGUACACUCUCAGCAAUAUCAAAUUGUUCAAUUGGACUUUUUACAACGCAUAGCUACACAUGAUCCAAAUGCAAUCUUCUCCCUACUGCAUGAGAAUCCAUAUCAUAUAGAUUCGCUAUUGCAAAUGAGCGACAUUUACAAAAUGUCAGGAGAUCAUACUAUGGCUGGCGAGCUUAUAGAACGUGCAUUAUAUGCGUUUGAAAAAAGCUUCCACGUCAAGUUUAAUAUUACAAAAGGUACUUCUCGAAUGGAUUACAAACAUUUCGAAAAUAGAGCUUUUUUCCUUGGAUUAUUACGCCAGAUCCAAUCUUCGUCUCGUCGAGGAUGUUGGCAAACUUCCUUUGAAUUUUCAAAAUUAUUACUUUCAUUGGAUCCUCUAAAUGAUCCUUUGAGUGUACUGUAUUUCAUUGAUUAUCUUGGUUUAAAAGCUCAACAACAUUCUUAUGUUUUAUCCCUUGCCAAUGAAUGGACUUUGCAUAAUUUACAAAAUUGGCCUAAUUUUGUUUAUUCUGCCGCAAUAGCAAAUUUUCAAUUAGAGUUGCGUGACGAAAAUAAUUCCACACAUGAAAUGAGCACAAAAAUGUUAGAAAAGGCUAUUCUUUAUUUUCCAUCCGUUAUACUUCUUUUGUCUGAAAAAUGUGAUAUUCAACUUGAAAAUGAUGUUGCCGAAAGUUCGUUAAUUCAAGAAGUUUCCAAUUAUCUUAAUCUUUUGAUUAAUCAUUACGUUGAACAAGUCUCGUCUCUAUGGACGCAACCUGAGGUUAUUAUCUCUUCUUUGAAUGAUGAGGAGUUUAGUCAAGCUCUUUUAUAUGGAAAAAAUCUCAGAGAAAAUUCGUUUAAUGAACAAAUCCCGCUAAAUUUAAGUAGAUAUAUUGUCGUUUCUGAAAAUUCUAAAUUUCUCGCAUAUCUUCCUGAGGUCACAAGCGGAGAUAUUAAUCUUCACGAUCCUUUACCGCCACCGGAUGGAGUUAGUCCUUAUGAUGCAUAUUCAGAAACUUCUUCAACGCUUGCUAACUCUGAUUGGGAGAAUCUUUUGGCAGUUGACCUACGACAAUUACUUGGAAAUACGAAUAUGCAAAUGAUUGCAGAACGUAUACAUCAAAUAGCUGAUUCAGCAAACCUACAAGCAGCAGCUGAAAGAUUAAUUGAUGUACUUCGCGGAACAAGUGGAUAUGAUAUUGAUGAAAAUCAACAACUUCCAAAUGAAAAUCUAGAGCUUCCGAUGCCUGGCGGAUUUCCUCGGGAUAACUCAUCACAAACACAAGACCUUGAUGCUGGAUAUCUCUGUUGCGGGAAACCAGAAUUAUCUGUGAUGUUACAUGGAAAAAUUGAGGAAAAAGACUUUGAAAUACGGUUACGCAACAAGUUAAAAUCUCAUAUAAUCAAACCAGCAUGUUGGUUACGCUCAUAUGAACUUGAAUCACCACUCGAAAUUACAAUGAGAAUGUUGUUUAUUUCUCUUGUUAUUAAUGUUAGUUAG